AUGGACAAUAAUAAUUUAUCAAAAAUUUUAAAUCAUGAUAUAAUAAAAACACCAACAACAAACUUUAUAACAUUGGAUCCACCAUUAAAUUAUCAAAGAAGAUAUCUCAAAGUAAAAGUAUGUUCAUUCCCAGAUGUUUCACCAAAAUUUACAGCUGAUAACCUAUCGCCCCUAUCAUCCCCUUCAGAACCUCCACUUUUUGCUCUCUCUGAUAAAAUUAAUAUUUUCCAAAUUUUAAAUUCAAACAAUUUAAAUAAUAGUAUUAAUAUUAACAAUAAUAAUAAUAUUAUUAAUAGUGGUAUUAAUAACAAUAGUACCUUAACUUAUAAUAAUAAUAGACAAUAUAACAACUUUUAUAAUAACUCUUCUACAAAUACCUCUGCUAGUAGUUCUGCAAAUAACUCUACAAAUAAUUCUCCAAAAAACCCUCCUUUAAAUAUUUUCAAUCAAAACAAUGAAAUUAUAAAUAAAAACAAUAAACAUAAUUGUGAUGUUUCUUCCUCCAACGAGCCAGUAAAAAAGAAACUAAAACCUGACUACAAACCUUCAGCUGGCUUUUCAGUAAAAUCGUUCGAGUUUGACCAAAUUCCAUUAUUUAUUGCUUGUUUUCAUAACAAUACCCAAAGCCUAAAGCAUAUGAUUAAUACUGGAACCGAUAUUAACCAUCAAUGUAGAAAAAAUGGAUGGUCCCCAUUAAUGUAUGCAGCACAAGAAAAUAAUAUCGAAAUCAUUUCUCAAAUUAUCGCUUAUGACUGUUCUAAAAUAAAUGCUACCAAUGCAGAAGGAAACACAGCUCUAUUUAUUGCAUGUUUAAAUUCAAAUAUCGAAAUUGUAAAACUCCUGUUAUCUAAAAAUGCCAAUCCUAAUAUUCAAAAUAGAAUGGGUAAAACUCCACUAAUGAUUUCAUCAGCUAUUGGAAAUAAAGAAAUUGUUUUAUUAUUGCUUAAACACAACUCGAAUAUUAACACUAUAGAUAAUGAGGGAAACAACUCAUUAAUGUAUUGCUUACUUUAUGGUUGUAAUAUCCAAUUAUUAAUGAAUAACAAUUUUAAAGAAAAGGACGAUCAAUAUGAAAAUAAUAAAAAAAAUAUUAUAAAAAUACUUUUGGAAUAUGGAUCAAACAUUGAACAAAUCUCAAAAGACGAGUGGACCCCAUUAAAAUUAGCAAUAAAGCACUGUUCAUUAGAAAUUGUUCAAAUGUUUAUAAAUGGUCAAGAUAGCCCAAAAAAAGCAUCUUUAUUCGAAUCUAUUGACUCCCAAGGUUGGUCCCCAUUGAAAAUUGCUAUUAGAUAUGCUCCAAAAGAUAUCAUUGAGUUUCUAUUUUCAUACUCUAAUCCCUAUAUAGUCAUAGAUUCAAAUUUAAAGAACAAUUUAAAUGAUUAUUUUAAACUAUCAAUAUCUUUUAGAUCAUUUGAAAUUUUCGAAUAUAUAUUUAAUUUAUUUAAUAAUUAUAACUAUAAUAACAAUAAUAACAAUAAUAAUAGUACAUAUAUUUCAAAUAUUUUAUCAAAAACCGAUAUAGAACAACUUAUAGAUAUUGCUGAUGAUAAUCAAACAAAAGAUCUUUUGAAAAAUCUUUUAUAA